GGUUCCCAACCAAUGGAGCUCUCUCCACGGUCCCCGAGGAUCAUCCAAGAAUCCACCGGCAGCUCAUCAUCGGAGCUGCAGCCCUUCAUCAACCUGGACGACCGCAGAAGCCUCCAAGUCCAAGAUGAGAUCUCUACUCUCAAGCAGCAGCAGCUUAACGAUUGCGAGAAGGAACAGAUCUGCCUCCGAGAUGCAAUCCGGGUCCUCCUGGAGUUAGUGGACAACUCUGGCAUGCGCUUGCAACAACUCGAGGAUGGCACGAGCAUGAACGCCACGCAGCUGAGAACGUGCCUCCAGGAAAAGGAGAACAAGGAAAGGGAAAGUGCCGAAAUAGAGGAUGCAGCGAGAGCUAUCAAGAAACACCUUGAGCCUUUUGAGACGGUACAAAGUGUUAGCAAUAUAUCUCUUAACUAA